GUCCCUUUUGUUGGAACAAGGUGCCAAUCUUUUGCACUUCAGCUGCGUCUUAGAGGAAGUUACUGCGGGGGAGACAUCAUGUCAGCAGGACUGGAGAUUGGAGGCAUUGCUCUGGGCAUCGUGGGAUGGAUCAUUGCCAUCGUGAGCUGUGCCCUGCCGAUGUGGAGAGUGUCAGCCUUCAUCGGGGCCAACAUCGUGACGGCGCAGAACAUCUGGGAGGGCCUGUGGAUGAACUGCGUGGUGCAAAGCACGGGCCAGAUGCAGUGUAAGAUCUACGACUCCAUGCUGAAUCUGCCUCAGGACCUGCAGGCUGCACGCGCCAUGACGAUCAUCGCCAUCAUCCUGGGCGUCCUCGGCCUGCUCAUCUCCAUCAUGGGAGCCAAGUGCACCAACUGCAUCGAGGACGAGGCAUCCAAGGCCAAGACCAUGAUCAUCGCGGGCAUCUUCUUCAUCAUCGCAGGCAUACUGAUGCUCAUCCCUGUGUCCUGGUCAGCCAAUACCACCAUCCGGGACUUCUACAACCCCUUGGUCAUCUCCUCUCAGCGUCGAGAGCUGGGGGCAGCUCUGUACAUCGGCUGGGCGGCGGCAGCUCUUCUCCUCAUUGGCGGGGCCAUGCUGUGCUGCACCUGUCCUCCGAAAGAGACGAGGUACAAACCCCCGAAAAUGGCGUACAACAACCCCAGCUCAGCGAGUGCCGCUGGGUACGACAGGAAGGAUUAUGUUUAAAAAAAAAACAGCUCUUGUGGAAAUUGGUUUUGUCCUGGUUUUCCUUUCUUUGCGCUUUUGGAUUAGAAACAGGAUAAAAUCCUGAGGUCUGUAAAAUAUGCAUUUUUAAAUUCAAACUUUGGUGAAAUACCACUUAAUGUUAUUGUUUGUACUUCUGACGUCGCACAAAUGCAGCUUUUGUAGUGUAAAGUAGGUAAAAACAGAUAAAGUAAUUGUGAAAGUUAAUGUCAGAGAGGAGUGCCGGGUUUUACAUAUAUUUGUUUAGGAAAAUCCUGACCUGGAAAAAAAAACUCAAGAUGAAACCCAAACAUCUAACCGAAACGAUGAUAUCAGGUCUAUCCAUGCUCAAUGGGAAUGCCAAAAAUACAGGUUGUUUUAGUGAGUGAAUAGUCAUUUAGGAAUCACAACAAAUCCACAACAAAGAUUAGUUUGAAAGAGGGGAACAUUUGUCACCCUAGUUUCAGUGCCAAGUCUAAUUGGCUAUUAUACACAUGGACCACUUGCUAUUUUUAUUUGUUGUUACAUUGUUACAUGUGUUACAUUGUUAUA